UGACAAUUUGCACCGUAAAUAACAUAAGAAAAUAUAUUAAGGUAUGAUUUUGAUUAAAUAAGUAUACGUGUCGUGCUUUUUGGUAAUACCUGUAUUUUUAUUGUAUAUUAUUUUUUAUGUAUUCCCCGCAGCACUAAGCACAAACUGGGAUUCCAAAGUUUUGUUUUUUUAAGUACGUGGUAUGACAUUCCACGUGUGCAAUUACGUCACAGAAAGCAAGUGGGGCUUUACAGUUUGAAUGUGCAGUAAGUGAGUAAAAUGAAGUAAUGUACAAAUAUAAAGAGGGUCAAAACAUUGGCAAUAUGAGUAUAAUGUGUAAUAUUACAGUAUGCAUCUAUCUGUUGAAAAGAGAUUUAAAGAACACAUAUUGUCACCAACAAAAGCACAUAUGUGGAGGACAGGGUUGAUAUUUCUAAGUGUUAAGACAUGCAGACAAGUAGCCAGGUAGGUUUGAUCCUGAGCCCCAAGCUGGUGAGCCUGUGCAGCCUGUGCACCAUGUCUGAACUGGUCUCACAGCCCUGAUGAGUCAACAAAUUUUCUUUUCUUUGAACCCGCGGGGGGGUGGAGCCUGGAGGCUGACCUACCUACCUACCAAGCAGAGUCUAUUGUCCUCAUUGACUCUCAGUGAAGACAGUCAUGGAGCUGGGAUCAUCGGUUGGGGCUGUGAGGAGUAAAAGGGUUCUACUGGGCGACCAGGUCCGUCCUGCUGUCAUCGUGAUAAAGGAUGGGAAGAUCCAUCAAAUCCUCUCUGACAGCGACUUUCCCGGAGGUGUUGGACGUGGGCGACAGCGUGGUGAUGCCAGGCAUCGUCGAUUGCCACGUUCACGUGAACGAACCAGGCCGAGUCUCCUGGGAGGGCUUCUGGACCGCCACCAGGGCCGCUGCAGCUGGAGGGGUGACAACUAUUGUGGACAUGCCGCUGUAAGCUUGUUUCCAAAAGGGGAAAAAAAAGUCGGACCUUGCGAGGCCACCUGUGGAGGAAACAGCCUUCCUCCAACCACCACGGUUGGAAAUUUCCACGAGAAGCGGCUCGAGGCGGCAGGGAAGUGUUUUGUGGACACGGCCUUCUGGGGAGGAGUGAUUCCUGGCAAUCAGCUUGAGCUGCGGCCCAUGAUCCAGGCGGGAGUGGCGGGCUUCAAGUGUUUCCUCAUCCACAGCGGGGUGGAGGAGUUCCCCCAUGUGACGGAGCGGGAUCUACACGCAGCCAUGGCGCAGCUGCAAGGCACCGGAAGUGUCCUGCUGUUUCACGCAGAGGUGGACGUUCAGCAGACGACACAGGAGGAUGGCGACCCUCGUCAGUACUCCACCUUUCUGCAGUCCAGACCAGAUGUCAUGGAGAUGGAGGCUAUUCGCACCAUCACAGCGCUCUGCCUCCAGUACCAAGUGCGGUGCCAUAUCGUUCACUUGUCCUCUGCUAAGCCACUGGAGCUGAUCCAGGAGGCCCGGCAGGCCGGAGCCCCCCUGACGGUAGAGACCACCCAUCACUACCUCAGCCUGUGUGCGGAGAACAUACCUGCGGGGGCCACACAAUUCAAGUGCUGCCCCCCCAUCAGAGGAUCUGUGAACCAGGAGCAGUUGUGGUCCGCGCUGAAAGCCGGGCAGAUUGACAUGGUGGUGUCGGAUCAUUCCCCCUGCACCCCAGACCUGAAGAAGCUGGUUACCGGAGACUUCACUGAGGCUUGGGGUGGAAUUUCUUCUCUACAGUUUGGUUUACCUUUGUUCUGGAGUUCAGCCAGUAAGAGAGGCUUCCAGCUGUCUGAUGUGACGAGACUCCUCAGCCUGCAAACAGCCCGGCUGAGUCGUCUUGACGACCGGAAGGGCUCGCUGGCCCCCGGCUACGAUGCUGACUUGGUCGUAUGGGAUCCAGAGAAAGAAUUCGAGAUUAAAGAAGCAAGCAUACAUCAUAAAAACAAGCUAACUCCUUACCUGGGCCUCACACUGCGAGGAGUGGUGUGUGCAACCAUAGUCCGGGGCCAGCUGGUGUACAGAGAGGGCUCCUUCUGCCCCGAGCCUCUGGGGACGCAUCUCCUCAUCCAGCUGUGAAGCACCGCGACAACAAGCUGUAAUAAACCUCAACAAAACUAAA